UAUUCACGUCGUUAGGGAAGAGAAGAGCGGGCUGUUCCACACAGUUCCAGCGGCCACCCGAAGUUAUGAGCGAACUUCAACAAUAAUGCGGCGUGCAGCAUGAAUCGUCAAGACGCUAAAGGAGUUGUCUUGACCGGCUAUUACAGUAACAGUGAGUCCUUACCGCCUCAGCCCGGAGUGAACUCUGUCGAAGAAGCCGAUCCCUCUGUUCCAAGUCGUAGGACGGGACACUACAAUGUCCAGAAUCGCUCCAAAAAUGCAGCGGGGAAGCCUCCGUACAACCGCUGCAACUCGCAGGACUCCCUGGACAUGGACGCCUUCUGGAAGGAGGUGGAGAGCAUCGGAGAGUCCGACACCGGGCCACAGGAAGAGGUCCAGCUGAAAGUGCCAGAUGAGGGGGAGCACGAGGAGGCAUGGCUGACCGCGGCAGGGCUGACCUUACUCUUCCAGGAGUCGGAGUCGGAGUUGGACCCGGACGCCUCGGAGGACAGCAAGGCCAUGCUUUCCACGCUGACCCGCACGCAGGCAGCCGCCGUAGAGAAGCGCGUGGAGCUGCUCAAGCAGACCAUGCGCAAGAAGAACAAGCAGUACCAAGUUCCUGACGUCAGGGAGAUCUUCAAACCGCCGCCAGGUUCCGCAGCCCAGUCGGAAGGGACCCAGCCUGGAGACGAGCCGCAGGCCCUAGAGAGAAGUGAAAAUGGCAAAGGGGAUGUUGCGUCCUCCGAUGAGGCCAUUGGGAACGGAGCAUAUCCCCCUGCCGACCAGUCUGCCCCCGACUCAGAGCAAGACCUCAACCUGGAGGUGUCGUUUGCCGAGCAGGCUUUGAGCUACAGAGGGAGGUCAAAGGGCGUCGAUAGUCUGAGCCUGAGGGAGAGCCAGGCGGACGACAGGCUGCCGAAUUUCAAAGUUCCCCCGGACAAGACCGGCAGGACCAAAAUCGGGGACUUGGCCCCCCAGGACAUGAAGAUGGUGCGGCGGCUUGUGCUGAUUGAGAUGACCGCUCUGUUCGACACGGCGAGGAUCGACUGGAAGUGCAACAAAGUGGUCAAGCAGAAAGAGAAAGAAUCGGGUCUUUUCGGAGUUCCCCUAGCCACUCUGCUGGAGCAGGACCAGAGGAGGGUACCGGGGACUAAGGUGCCACUUAUACUGCAGCGGCUGAUCAGUCACAUAGAGGCGGAGGGGCUGGACACUGAGGGACUCCUGCGGAUACCCGGCGCUGCCGGAAGAGUCAAGGUGCUGUGUCAAGAGCUGGAGGCUAAGUUCUAUGAGGACACGUUCCGGUGGGAGACGCUGAAGCAGCAUGACGCGGCAAGCUUGCUCAAGUUCUUCAUCCGCGAGCUGCCACACCCACUAAUCACCGUGGAGUACCUGAACGCGUUCAUCGCUGUGCUCAAGCUGCCCACGAAGAAACAACAGCUUCAGGCUCUCAACCUGCUGGUCCUGCUACUGCCAGAAUCAAGCAGGGACACGCUCAAGGCGCUGAUGGAGUUUUUCCAGAGAGUGACCGACCACAUGGAGCAGAACAAGAUGAGCCUGAACAACGUGGCGGUGGUGAUGGCGCCCAACAUCUUCAUGUUCAAAGGGUUCCGCACCAAGAUCAGCGAGCAGCAGGAAUUCUCCAUGGCUGCCGGCACGGCCAGCAUCGUCCGCCUCCUCAUCCAGUACCAGAACAUUCUGUGGACAAUCCCCAAGUUCAUCAUCAACCAGGUGCGAGAGCAGAACACAGAGAAGCAGAAACAGAAGAAGGCCAGCAAGGAGAAGGGCAUGAAGAGGCUACUCAAGAAGAUGACCCAAGACCGCGACAAGCCCGACAAACAGGAGCGGAAGAGCGUAGUGUGAUAAGCCAGCAUUUCAUCCCGGUUUGAGGUCCAACAAUGGUCCAAGACCAUUGUUAUUUUUGUUUACCGUAAUAUAUUAAUAUGAUUAUGUUUCUUUUAACUUGCAUAAAACACUGUCCUGCGGCUUAUACGCAAUGCAGCUAAUACACAGGAAAUUACUGUACCUUCAAUGGCAGAAUGCUAGAUUAUGUUCCUGUUUAGCGUAUGCAGUACCAUGAAGACAAAUAAGAGAAACAUAGAGUGUUAAAUGAAAUUAAGCUGACAUUUGAGUCAGCACCUUUGGUUAUUUCUAACCAGAACAUGACUGUGACACUCUGUUACGUGACUGUGACACAGACUAUUACGCUUGUGCCAAUUCCAGUAAAAUACUAUACCAUGUAAUUAGCGUUAGCAUCUCCGGGCCAAUCCAGAGUGCUGUAGGAUAGGUGAGCCUCUCGCCUCACAUGCAUGUGGUAAUUACCCCUGGUCAUUAUCCUCCCACCACCUGGUCUAACUCCUCCUGAGUCAGGAGAAGGUUAGAUGCUAUCUGAAAUUACACUAAACAGUCAUUAGACGUGGGCCUGCCUCAACGUGGGGCUACUGUGUUAGGUCAGCUCCGACACAAUGCAGAAAAUGUCUGUCUGAAAAUGGCUUCAGAGCCUUUUGGCCCCAAACGUGUUCGCGCUAAUUAAAUUCAGUGGUAGCGUAACGUAGAUGCUAUCUUGAGGUGUGUGUAGACUUGUUUCUUUCGACUUGUUAAUGUCAAGUUUUUUUUUUUUUUUAUUAGCUUAGACUUUUUGUGUAGGGUUUGGUAUACAUGCCUUAAAUUAUGGCAUGUAAUAGUAUAUGAUGUAUUUAGUCUAAUUAAUUUCUAAUUCUCUGAGAAUGUACUCUAUUGCAACAGCUUUUCACUUUAAUGUGACUACAUUAUUCCUCUUGUAUUAUCAUUGCUAAAUAUCUAAAAUUCUUUGAAUUAUUUUGUAUAUUCAUGGGAUUUUUGCCUUUAUUCAGAUGGAACAGUGAAGUGUGACAGAAAGUGAGUGGUAGAGAGAGAUGGGGUGGGAUCAGGAAAUGACUUCUGGUCGGAUUCAAAUCUGGGUCCCUGUGGGCACUUGGGCCCGAAUGUGGUACAGACACUGCAUCCACUAGGGCUACAGCGUCUCCAAACAUCUUUACUUUCUUUUUUUAAUUAGGAAUAGAGUCAUCAGUAACCUGCUACUAUUUUGCUUCUUACGGAGUUCUUUUGAAGGUCCAGUUGUGUCCUCAGUUUUCCCCCAGAAGUAGAACACUUCGUGGUGAUAAUUGCCUCAAAUCCAUUUUGUUAUUUCAAAUCUUGUUUUGCUUCAACAUUAUUGGCACCAGGAAAACUGACCGCAAUUAAACAAAACACUAUGUUUAUUCAGAACUCAAUUUUGCAUACAACAGCAAAACUACUCGCUGCAAAUGCCAAUUUGUACCCAUUUAAGCAGUCUGAUUGUAUUACUGGCAUUACCAUGUAAUUGCGUUAUUGUUAUGCCCACAUAAUAGUAUUAUUGUUAUGCAUUUUUUGGCUGAAGUCAAGACCUCAAUUACAUCAUUACUGUAUGCAGUUAAUUGACUUCAGUCUGUAGUUAAUAUGGUGUUAAACAUUUGUGUGUGUGUGUGUGUGUGUGUGUCUAUGUAUGUAUGUA